AAUGUUUGGAGAGCUGGGGGAGGAGCGGACGCAUGGAUCUACGGGGGCGCAAAAAACCACCUCACACCGGCAUGUCUCAUUCAUUCCAGCUCCAGCUACCACAGUGAUAAGAUUCGCAGGACUUCUUGAAGCUAAUACAGACUGCUAAUCUGAUAAAUACCAAAGCCUAAGAAUUAAUCAUGGCAGUGGUACUUCAUUACUUUAAAGGACGUGGCAGAGCGGAGUGCAUCAGAUGGAUGUUAGCGGCAGCUAAUGUUGAGUAUAAAGAAAAAUUCUAUGAACAAAAGGAGGAUUAUGACAAGCUGGUUAAAUCUGGGGAUCUGCUCUUUGGACAAGUACCAAUGCUGGAAAUAGAUGGGAUGAAACUGGUACAAACUAGAGCCAUUCUAUGUUACAUAGCAGAAAAGUAUAACCUGUAUGGAAGUGACCUAAAAGAAAGAGCUUAUAUUAAUAUGUAUACUGAGGGAGUUGCAGAUCUCAAUUCCAUGAUCUUGUCCUACUUCUUCUUGUCUGAAAGUGAGCAGGAAAAACAACGAAAUCUUAUGAAAGAAAGGGCACUAAACAGAUACUUUCCUGUAUAUAGUAAAGCUCUGGAGGGUAAGGACUUCUUAGUUGGAGACAAGCUCAGCAUGGCGGAUGUGUAUCUUCUUGAUGUCAUUUUAUCACUGGAAGAGUUUCACCCUGAUGUCCUGCAGAACUUUGCUAAUUUACAGGCUUUUAAAAAGAGAAUCAGUGAAAUCCCAACAAUAAAGAAGUUCUUGCAGCCGGGAAGUAAAAAGAAACCAAUGGCUGAUGAGGUUUAUAUAAGCACCGUGAAGAAACUUGUCUUCGGCUAAUGUGAAACAAUGCAAUUUACAAAGUAUUGUAAGGAAACUUGUAGUUUUGUAUUCGUUUUACAAUAAAAUUUCAUUCUUAGUGU